AUGCACAAUGUUAUUCCAUCUGAGAGUGAUGCUAUGGUUGAUCAUCUUCUUCAAGAGUGUGGUUUGAUAGGAAAAUUUCUCCAAACAGAUAAAAACCCUGUAACAUCUGGUGAUAUUAAUCAGCCAACUAUUCCUGCUGCUGGAAAACAAGCACCACGAGCAGGAAACCUUGGAUGCAUUACACGAAUUUCUAACAAGCUUGUUCAGUUGGGAAACAGCAAUAGCCGCAUUCAGUCUUAUUUACAGGUGGGUGGUAAGCUGGAUGAAAAUAGCAAAUGGAACGAGUGGCAAGCCAGUGUUUUGCAAGAGCGUAAUGCGGUUGAAAAUGUCUACCGAUGGGCUUGCGGGUACACUCUUGCCUCAUCUUUUAUGCUUAUCCACUCUCUAAAACAGUUUUUUCACCUUGGGGAGAAAAUAGAUUGGACACGGGACAGUGACGAGGAUGACCUUCAUGACAGAGAUUAUGAUGUAGCAGCUCUAGCUAAUAACUUAAGCCAGGCUUUUAGAUACAAAAUAUAUGGGAACGAGGAUAAUGAAGAGGUGCAUAAAGGGAACCCUUUCUGA